AGUGAAUGGCUCGAGAGUUGACAGAAGAAGAGAAACGGAGGAUAGCAGCGAACAAAGCAGAAGCUUUGCGUCGAGCCGAGGAAAGGAAAAGAAGAGAGGCACUUGCUGCUGUUCAACAAAAGAAUGUGCCAUUUCUACAACAACCCUCUCAUGUAAUCGCUGGGGUAUCUGCGACACCACAUCCCGCACCCCAUCAAGCGCCAAUUUCAUCUUUUUUGGGGGCGAGCAAAGUUAUCGCACAGAAUCACAAGCCUCCAACACCUGCUCGAUUGCCGAAAUCAAACGUACAAGUUGAAUUCAGUGUGCUCACAAGUGAUAGGUUGAAGAUCCGCUUUUCCCCCUAUCAUGUUGCUGUACUGGAGGCAAUCAAGUCCGUACCGUCUCGUGCCUAUGAUUCAAAAGAUCGUACUUGGAGUAUAGAUGUACGAGAAAUGAAGAAAUGUGAGGAAGCCCUCAAAAGUCUUACGCCGGUUGAUGUUACCAUAGAACAUGUUCCUGACAAUGUAAUGAAACUUUUAACCGAUACGGAAGGGAAGCAUGUUGUUCCUACUGAUUUAUCCUUGAUUAUGGAUCCAGCCUUGAUCGAGCGGUUGUUUCCUUUUCAAAAAAUUGGAGUCACAUUUGGUAUUGAAAAGAAUGGACGCCUACUACUUGCCGAUGAAAUGGGCCUCGGGAAAUCUAUACAGGCGCUUACUUUGGCCCGGUAUUACAAAGCCGAGUGGCCACUAUUGAUUGUAUGUCCCUCGUCAGUUAAGAGUGCAUGGAAAGGGCAAAUUAAUAAGUUUCUUCCUGCCAUUCAACGGAUACAUCUUAUCGACAAAGGAACAGAUGUCCUGCCAGAUGCUCGAACAUCUAAUACGGUUGUAAUCAUGAGUUAUGACCAGAUGGUUAUAAAGAAAAAGGAGCUGGAAGCUGCCUGUUACUACGUCAUUAUAUUUGAUGAGUCGCACUUGCUGAAGGAUGGAAAGGCAAAGCGUACCCAAGUGGCUUUGUUAUUGUCGAGAAAAGCGUCACGAGUGAUUCUUCUAUCUGGUACUCCAGCCCUGUCACGGCCAGCCGAGCUGUUCUCACAAAUACGACUAGUGAACGAUCGGCUGUUUCCAAAUUUCCAUCAGUUCGCUAUUCGUUAUUGUGACGGAAAGCAAGGCCGAUUUUGUUUUGAGGCUAAAGGAUGUACCAAUAGCGAGGAGUUGACCGCCAUCCUGUCGAAGAGGGUAAUGAUACGUCGAUUGAAGUCCCAGGUGCUCACGGAUCUGCCAGAUAAGAGGAGAGAAGUGGUAUACCUUUCUGGCGACAAAAUCGAUGCUCGCAUGAGCAGUUUGCAAAAAGCAAAGAAGGCAUAUGAGACGACCAAACAACAAAAUUCGGACACGAAAGGUUCCCACGAGUGCUUACUUGAAUACUUCAGUCUGACAGGCAUAGUAAAGGCAGCUGCGGUUUGCUCUCAUAUACUGGACAAUUACUUUUACCCCGACGCUCCCAAGAGGAAAGUGCUAAUUUUUGCCCAUCAUCAGAUCGUUCUUGAUACAGUCCAAGUGGAGGUUCAAAAACGGAACUUGAAAUCGAUAAGAAUUGAUGGGCAAACAUCUUCAAAAGAUCGUGGUAGUCUUUGCCAAGCUUUCCAGGAUGAUCCGGAAGUUGAGGUUGCUAUACUAUCCAUGACAGCCGCUGGAGUUGGAAUAACAUUGACUGCUGCGUCUGUUGUAGUGUUUGCUGAACUGCAUUGGAAUCCUGGGACUUUGCUGCAGGCGGAGGAUCGAGCGCAUCGUGUGGGGCAGAAAGAUAGUGUUUUUGUACAAUAUCUCAUUGCAAGAAAUACAGCUGACGACAUCAUCUGGCCUUUGGUACAAAGGAAGCUUGAUGUGCUGGGCCAAGUAAACCUAUCAAAUGAGACCUUCCGUAAUGCGGAGUCAUCUCAUCUGAAGUGCGAAACUCAAAGCAGUCAUCCGAAGGAAAUCACAGACUUCUUCAAUCAUGGUGAUCCGGAAUGUAGCGUUAAACGAGCGCGUUUGGAUGACUAAUGUUUAUUUCAUUUUUGUAUACUGAUCUCUCUUAUAUUGCCUC